AUGCCCUCCGACCACUCCUCUUAUCCCCACCAGCACGGGUACGCCCCAGGGCCCCCGGAUGGCCACACGCAUUCAUCCAACGAUGCGGAUGUAGUCGCCUGGCUCAAUGCAUUGCUUUCCGAUCAAGAACAUGUGCUUAACCCGCGCUACUACUCUGACGGCACCCAGCAGUACCUCGCCAGCGGCUUCCCCGAUACCGCACAUGCGCCGGGCACGUUCCCUCACACCACUUAUCCUCCCGCAAUACAGCACCCUACUUCGUACUCCCCCGGCCAGUACCCAUCCGGUCACCCCUCCGGCUAUCGGCCUUCUUUUCAACAAGGCUCUUCGACAAUGUCGGGCAUGGCCGCCCCGGUUCACGCGUACCCUCAGCACCCCCACUCGGGUGCGCACUUCACUCAGGGCGCACACCAGCAACACUCCUACCAGCAGAUCCAGCACCCGACCGGAUCGCAGCUAUACUCUUCUCAGUAUGACGCCGGCUACGACCCUGCCUUUGGCCUGAACGACUUCGACGGCUCGAGCCCGGGCGAGAGCGAGCCCGGGGGCAGCUUGAAGAGCAAACCCAAGAUCGCCCUUGAUCCCAGCCAGCCUCUGACCGUCGACGGGAAGCCCCGCGAGCGAGUCUGCGUGGCCUGCAACCGAUGCCGUGUCCGCAAGCUCCGCUGCGACGGCGCAAAGCCCGCCUGUCUCAGCUGCCAACACUCGGCGGGCGAGGUCUGCGUCUACCCAGACCAUCCCAGGCGGCGCGGCCAGGACAAGGCGCAGCGUACACGCUCGGCCGUCGGGACGCGCAAGCCACGCCGUCCCGCAGCGCGCAAGGGCUCGAAGGAUCCGGACUCGGCGGGGAACGUCAGCCCUGGCGCAGGGCCCAUCUCUGGCGCGCAGUGGACCCCGUACUAG